AUGCAGUUUAUUGCAAACUGUUACGAGGAUCAAUCACGAAGGAGUCCCUCUACACGACGGAACUAUGCACAAUUGAUUUCCCGCCUCACUGUGCCGGAGUCAAUUUAUGCCUUGUUGCUCUAUCGAGAUGUUUGGGACACAGACGAUUUCGAGCCGUAUCUGAUCGAUGGACAUGGUGGAAAUGUGCCACUGGGCCUCCCACUGAACGCUUCUCGCAUCGAGGACGAUGGUGAAGGUGGUCUGUUGAUAGGGUGCCGUUUCAUUCCCGAUUGUCCAUCAAAUCCUGCCCAGGUGAACUAA